GUCUGAUGCAGCUAGCUAUAGCCAGCUUGACUCUGUAAGAAACUGUUAGCUGGCAAGAAGAUACAUUGUAUAUUAUUAUUGUUAAAAUUACAAUAAAGUACUUAAAACCAAAGCACCUAAAGAAUGAGAAGAGUUACGUUAUUUGUUAACGGGACAUCUAAAAAUGGCAAGGUUGUAGCAGUGUACGGAGCCUUGUCUGACUUACUAUCCGUAGCAAGCAAUAAGUUAGGAAUCAAAGCCUCCUGUUUAUACAAUGGAAAAGGUGGUCUUAUAGAUGACAUCGCCCUUAUAAGAGAUGAUGAUGUGCUGUAUGUAUCAGAGGGAGAUCCUUUCAUUGACCCUCAGAAUGAAGUCAAGGUUGCAGCUGAUUCACAUGGAGCUCACACUGAUUGGCUGACCCUUAAUAUUGGUGGUCGUCUGUUCACCACCACCAGAAGCACCUUGGUCAGCAAAGAACCGGAGAGUAUGCUCGCUCACAUGUUUCGAGAGAAAGAUGUGUGGGGGAACAAGCGGGACAAGCAUGGGGCCUACCUCAUCGACCGCAGCCCUGAAUACUUUGAGCCUAUUCUCAACUACUUGAGACAUGGUCAGCUUAUUAUCAAUGAAGGCAUCAAUAUACGAGGUGUCCUCGAGGAGGCUCGUUUCUUUGGAAUUGAGCAACUUGCUGAACAGCUGGAAGCAGCAAUCAAGAACUCUCAGCCUCCUGAGGACCAUUCCCCCAUUUCCCGCAAAGAGUUUGUGCGUUUUCUUCUGGCCACACCCACCAAGUCAGAGCUCCGCUGCCAGGGUCUUAAUUUCAGCGGGGCCGAUCUCUCCCGGCUCGACUUGCGAUACAUCAAUUUCAAGAUGGCUAAUCUCAGCCGCUGCAAUCUGACACACGCUAACCUGUGCUGCUCCAAUCUGGAACGGGCCGAUCUGUCUGGAGCCAACCUGGAUGGCGCCAAUUUACAAGGAGUGAAGAUGCUCUGUUCCAAUGCUGAGGGAGCUUCUCUCAAAGGAUGCAAUUUUGAAGAUCCCUCUGGACUGAAGGCCAACCUGGAAGGAGCCAACCUGAAAGGAGUUGACAUGGAAGGAAGCCAGAUGACCGGCAUCAACCUGCGUGUGGCCACUCUGAAAAAUGCAAAGCUGAAGAACUGUAACCUGCGGGGCGCCACUUUAGCAGGGACUGAUCUAGAGAACUGCGACCUGUCUGGCUGUGAUCUACAAGAAGCCAACCUGAGAGGAUCCAACGUGAAAGGAGCCAUUUUUGAAGAGAUGCUGACCCCGUUGCACAUGUCCCAGAGUGUCAGAUAACUUGGCAACAUGCCUACAAGUCCAAUCUGGACUUUAGCCACAGUUGGCUUCUUUGUUACUCAGUUCCUCCAGCCUCUCCUACACUAUACCCACCCCCCCUAC